AUGGUAAACAAUGUAAAUGCACAAAACUAUAUAAACGAAAAAUAUCCAACAAGUGGCACAUGCCAAAGAGAUAAUGAUCCAGAAAAUAAAGGUAAAACCAGAAAAGGAAUAACUCUGUUAGAUAUUAGAAAAGGCAAGGUUGGUAAUGGAAUUUUUAGUAAAAAUAAAAAUUUAAUAGAAGAUUUAAAAUUGGAAGGGUUUACUAACCUACGAAAGUUAAUAAUUUCUUCUCACCAAAUAACUAGUUUGGAUAUUAGUGAUUGUCCAAAUUUAGAAGAAUUAGAUUGCCGUGGUAAUGAACUUACUUAUUUGAAAGUUGAUGGCUGUUCUAAUCUUAGAAAAAUUGAUUGCUCUAAUAAUCCUCUUCGAGAAUUAGAUUUAAGUACUUGUUCUAAAUUAGAGGAAGCAAACAUAAAUGGAUGUCCAUCAAAACUCACUGAAGAAGGAGCAACAAAGUCUAAUCUUACUUAUGAUGCUGAGAAAGGAAAAUUAGCCAAAGUAAUAAAAGAAAAGGACAAUGAAAGAAUAAGAGCAAAAAAGGAAGAUAAGAUAAAAGAAAUCUCUAAGGUAAAUGAAUACAAUAAAAAGAAAGAAGAAAUAGAAAAAAGUAAUAUUUCAGUUUCGGAAAAAGAAAAAGAGAUAAAGAAAAUAGAAAGUGAAACUGCUAAAGAAAUAAACGAAGGAAUAAAAGUUAGUGUAGGAGUAGAAGUUCCUGGACUGCCAGUUGGAUUGAAUGCAUUACAAGAGUUGAGCAAUGAAAUUGCUACUGAUUAUUUCGAUUAUCUUAAAAAAAAGCAGGAAUUAAAAGAAGAAUUGGAAAAGUUGAAGUUGAAAGAAGAAACUAAUAAGGAAUCAGUUACUAAAGAAGAAGAAAGUAAAGAUUGUGUAAAUGUAGUAAUUGGAAUCGGAGAAAGAAUAACACAAUUAGAAGAGAAAAAAGAAAAAUUAAAAAAAGAAAUUCAAGAAAAAGAGAAAAUUAUUCGACAAAAAGUAUUAAAACAUAUCUUUAAUAACUAUUACGAGAUUAAUAACAUUUUAGGAGGUGAUUUUUUUAUUAGUAGUAUCAUUGGAGAUGAUAAUGAUUGGCGGGAUAUUAAUGAGGAAUUUGUUGACAAGGCAGUGAUUUUGAAAUGGCUAAGUCGAGAUGACAAAAAAUUAACUGUGGAAAAAAUACAAGAGUUGAGCCAUGAUGUUAAACAAUUAAAAGAAGCACUUGUGGAUGAUCAAGGGCCUUAUUUUUUUCAUGAAAAGUGUUUUAAUUUUAAAGAAAGUUGUGGAACUACUAGCGAAACAAGAAGUUUUCAAGCAGAAGAGUUUACUUAUGAAGGGGAAAACUAUCGAAUUGUUGACACAGUAGGAAUCGGUGAUACUAAAUUAUCUGAAAGGGAAGUUUUAUUCAAAAUGGCUGAGGGAAUUUAUUUAGUGAAAGAAGGUAUUAAGCAAGUUCUUUUUGUCGUAGGAAAUAAGUUCACAAGUCAAGAAAUAGAAAUAUUCAGGUUAUUAAAAGAUGUCAUUCUAGAAAGUGGCAUUACUGAAUACACCACUAUUGUGAAAACGAAAUUUCCUAACUUUGAGGAUCACGAGGAUUGCGAAGAAGACCGACAAACAUUGCAAGAAGAAAACCAAGCAAUAUCCAAAAUUUUGGAAAAAAGUGAGAUAAUUUAUGUGGACAAUCCGCCUUUGAAAGGAAAUUCAGAGACAAUAGAGGCAAACAAAAAAACAAGAAAAUCAUCCCAAGGUGUAUUGUUCAAACAUUUAAAAAAUAAUUGUCAAGAAGAAGUAAAAGAUGCUAAAGAUGGAGUUAUCCAAAAAGUGGGAACAGAGUUAGAACAUGCCAUAGAAGUUUCCGAGGUGUUCAGUAAAGAAAAAUCAGACUUAGAAGAAUUGCAGAAAGAGUGGGAAGAAUUAGAGGUUUUAAGAAAAAAAUAUUUAGAGGGCAACACCUACUUAGGAUGUGGUUCUUGUCAUUCUAGACUUCAUUUUAAUGCUAAAAAUAGUAAUAAUUGCUGGGAUUGUUAUUUGGAAAUUAUUAAUAGGAUAAGAAUCAGAGAAAGAAAUAUUGGCAACAUGAGUUUUGUUGAAAGAAUGAAUUUCAACGAAGCAAAAAGAGGAUAUUCCGAACCAAACGAAGAGGAAAAAAAGCAAAUAGAGUUAAAUAACCGCCUAAAAAUUCUUCCACAAGAAAUUGAAGAAAAGGAAACUAAAAUUGAAGAAUUAAAGAAAAAAAUAGAAGAAAAAACUAUCUGA